CUUUCUUUUCUCUCCACCAAGUUCGACGAUGCCCCGCGUCUGCAGUCCACUUUCCAAUCACCCUGGCCACCUCGGGUGUCCAUUCGCACCAUUAUGCUAUCCAGGCCACCAUUGAGCUCAUCGCUGCUUCCAGCCAAAAUAUCCAUUCCUAACGGGAUGAAUUCUAACCUAAUAUCUAUCGACCGCGGGGAGAAUAUACCUCUACUUGCGUGGACCACAAACAACUGCGGCAUUGUUUUGGGGUCGGGCCGCGUUUCGGCGGUGGUUUUUCACGUGCGCCUCGGGCAUUUGAUAGUUUGCUGCUAACUUCUUCUGCAAUGAACUCCUUUUGAACCUGCCUUCAUCGCCUCUUCGGAACGUGCUUGUCGCCGACCACGGAAGCGCCUCCGCUCAUGGAUACGCACAGACCUUCGCAUGCGCUGCCUCGGGAACCCUUUGUGGUCAUGUCUGACAUCACGCACAGAAAGCUAACAACUUUCGUAUGUCUGACGCUGCCACGCUUAAAGGGAAGGUGGUGCCGGAAAUGCGUUGGUUCAUGCUGUGGGCAGAGGUCGCGCCGCGGAACGAGUGCCAGAGAGGCGUCGCGGUAUCUAUUUGGCAACCACAAAGGAAGGAGCAGAUCACGCACCGGUUCGCAUUCUGUGGCAAAUUGCCUGUGGCGUGCAACCUGGGUCACGCACAGAUCUCUGUAGAGAUCAAUUUACCCAGUGCCGCUCUUGGAAUACCAGCUAUCUCGUCAUACGCCUCUGCCCUCACCUCUCGUGGUUCAUAUCCACAAGUCAACACACAUGAUUCGCGCGCAUGUCUUGCUCGCCGUGAGCAGUGCCGUUUUCUCCGUCGUCCUUUGGAACGAGACAAUGUGCAUGGGACUCAAAAGCGCCGGCGUGCGCAGCAAACUGCCUGGCUUCGCGGUGAUUUGCGACGUGGAACCUGGUCUGGAAAGCACUUGGUCGCGAAUGUGGCUCAGGCUAAGUUCGAUACCAUUCGCUCGAAGCUGACUUAUGUCAGCAGGAACAUCGCCAAGACCUUGUCUGUCGAACGCGCUUCUGCUUUUUCGUCCGCCCUUCAACCCACUGGUUUGUUCCUCGUAUCUAUGUUCGGCCCGCACCACGGGCUCCUCAGGAUCCCCAUUCGCAGUCUCUGCAGUCCGAUCCUGUCUGUUUUUGUCUUUUACCCAUGGAUUUGGUUCUCACAACCCAAGUUUACUGUCAUUCAGCUGCAUCACCCUUCGUACGGGAGGGGUGACAGAGAUUUGUUCUCGAGUUCAGCGGUGAUAGAACAACUUUGUGGUGUGCAUGUUCCUUUCCCAGGUGAUGGGAUUACGCACAAGACAGGGCUCAUGGAGGCUGUGGUUGUCUUGGCUUACUGCGACUGGUGUACGAACAAGAAGGUGGUCGGAAAGUUGCUAGCGGUGCGUUCCAGACUGCGAGCGACGGCUGAGUGGUUGACAACUUCUUCUGAGCUGGAUGCGGCUUCUGUGAUGUACAUCGUGGAGGCGGGUGAUGGGCAGUGGGCGAGUGUGGAUGGGCGGUCCGAGUCGUGCGAACGAUGA